AGGUGUGCCUCCUCAGAUCUGUACAAUACUGACUUAGACUAUCCAAACAUUUCAACAGUUCCAGCUGUCACAGAAAAUACUCGGGCCCAGCUGAAUGUCAGGAUGCAAGUAGUUACUAUUAUACUACUACUUCUUCUUUGUAAAGCAUCUGACUGUAGGAAGACAAGGAACAGGAGUCCGAGAAACCAUGAAAGGGAAAACAUCUUAAGGAAAGCUCCUAGCACUGCUAAGCGCAGUGCCAGAGACCUCCCAUGUGAAAUAUACACUUAUCUUCAUGAGAAAUACCUAGAUUGUCAGGAAAGAAAGCUGGUUUUUGUGGCACCUGAUUGGCCAGAAGAUUUAAAACACAUGCUGCUUGCAAGAAACAGGAUUCGUAAAUUGAAGAACAAUAUGUUUUCGCAGUAUAAAAUACUAAAAAGUCUGGAUCUACAACAGAAUGAGAUAUCCAAAAUUGAGAGUGAGGCUUUUUUUGGGUUGAAUAAGCUUACUACACUCUUGCUUCAGCAUAACCAAAUUAAGAGUUUAUCUGAGGAGAUUUUUAUUUAUACACCUAGUCUAAACUACCUGCGUCUUUACGACAAUCCGUGGCAUUGCAACUGUGAACUAGAAACUCUCAUUACAAUGCUGCAGGUUCCAACAAACAGGAAUCUGGGAAAUUAUGCCAAGUGUGUGCACCCAAUAGAACUGAAAAAUCAAAAGCUAAAGCAGAUAAAAGCUGAACAGCUGUGUAAUGAAGAGGACAGGCAAGAGCCCCAAAACAUAAAGCAGAAGCCUGAAGCUGUCAAACCAGAAUUUGAUUCCUCUUUGUGCCAUAUGUAUGUGUUUCCUGCACCAACGCUGAACUGCCAAAGGAAAGAUUUAAAGAAAGUUCCAGGUAACAUACCUCCAGACAUAGUUAAACUGGACCUGUCCAACAACAAAAUCAGACAGCUACGAGCCAAAGAGUUUGAAGAUGUCAGUGAACUGAAGAUACUAAACCUGAACAGUAAUGGAAUAGCUUACAUUGAUCCUGCUGCCUUCUCAGGCCUCAACAACUUAGAGGAGCUGGAUCUAUCAAACAACAGCUUGCAGAAUUUUGAAUAUGGAGUACUGGAAGAUCUUUACUUCCUGAAAAUACUGUGGCUGAGAGAGAAUCCUUGGAGAUGUGAUUACAACAUUCAUUACCUUUUCUACUGGUUGAAGCAUCACUACAACGUUCACUACAACGGCCUCGAGUGCAAAAUGCCUGAGGAAUACAAAGGGUGGUCUGUUGGAAAAUACGUUCGGAGUUACUAUGAGGAGUGUCCAAAAGACAAGCUGCCCACUUACCCAGAAACUUUUGAUCUGGACAAAGAGGAUGAGGAGUGGGAACGACACAAAGAACAAUCAGUUCAGACAGUGAAAAAGCAUGGUGUGAUUGUCACUGUGAUAGGCUAAUAAGGGAAUCUGGUGUGGGGCUUUUAGUACCUUGGGAUAUUUGACUGACAAACCCACCUUGUUUACAUUUCCUGUUCACUGUACUGAUGGUUUGUAGGACUAUCUGCCUACAGAGAUUUAUGUUUAUUGCAGUUAGUUACAAAAUGGCAUUAGUUAUACAGCAUCCCUCAUCAAGUAAUUGUUUCUGACAAUUUGUUCUGGACAUUCUUGUGAAAUACUUUGGCAACUAUUUGAAAUUAUG